UGCCUUAUGAAUUUUUGUAGUUGUCAAAGGAUUUUACAUAAAUAAAGGGUGUUUAAUAAAUAUUUACUGUAUUGAAUCAUAGGAAAAUGGCAAACUGCAAUGAGAUUGUUUUUCAGAGUCUAUUUAAUGUGAAUUAUAAUCAAAACUAAUUUAAUCUCUCUGUAUUAUAUUUCAGGAAUUCUAAUGAGUUACUGGUUGACCAGCAACGUUUUACCAGCUGGAAUGAGUUAUCAGAAAUGGGCAUAGUACUUUUAGAUCCAACAUGUAACAGAUGGUUUUUACUCCAUGCUGAUUACUUCUUCAAGCCAACACCUUUUUGAUUGCGUAGGAUCUUUGUCUAUUCAUCCUUGAAUUCCUGUUACUGGCAAAUAGAAUUAAAAGGAGUUCAUGUAGUUUUUGUCCAAGUUUGUGUCACCAUGAGUAGUAGUUUAGGAAAAGAAAAAGACUCUAAAGAAAAAGAUCCCAAAGUACCAUCAGCCAAGGAAAGGGAAAAGGAGGCAAAAGCCUCCGGAGGUUUUGGGAAAGAGAGCAAAGAAAAAGAAUCUAAGACCAAAGGGAAAGAUGCCAAAGAUGGAAAGAAGGACUCUAGUGCUGUCCAACCAGGUGUGGCUUUUUCAGUUGACAAUACGAUCAAACGGCCAAAUCCAGCACCUGGGACUAGAAAAAAAUCCAGCAAUGCAGAGGUGAUUAAAGAGCUCAACAAAUGCCGGGAAGAGAAUUCAAUGCGUUUGGACUUAUCCAAGAGGUCUAUACACAUAUUGCCAUCAUCAAUCAAAGAGUUGACUCAAUUAACAGAACUUUAUUUAUACAGUAACAAAUUGCAGUCCCUCCCAGCAGAGGUGGGCUGUCUAAUAAAUCUCAUGACACUGGCUCUAAGUGAAAAUUCACUUACCAGUUUGCCUGACUCUCUUGAUAACUUGAAGAAGCUGCGGAUGCUUGAUUUACGGCAUAAUAAACUGAGAGAAAUCCCUUCAGUGGUGUACAGGCUAGAUUCUCUCACCACCCUAUACCUUCGCUUUAAUCGUAUAACUACUGUGGAAAAGGACAUCAAAAACCUGUCAAAACUCAGCAUGCUUAGCAUUCGAGAGAACAAAAUCAAACAACUACCUGCUGAAAUUGGUGAAUUAUGUAACCUCAUUACGCUGGAUGUAGCUCACAAUCAACUUGAACACCUUCCAAAGGAGAUUGGAAACUGCACACAGAUAACCAACCUUGACUUGCAGCACAAUGAACUGCUAGACCUCCCAGAUACUAUAGGAAACCUGUCCAGUUUAAGUCGUCUUGGUCUGAGAUAUAAUAGACUGUCAGCAAUACCCAGAUCACUAGCAAAAUGCAGUGCACUUGAAGAAUUAAAUUUAGAGAACAAUAACAUUUCUACUCUACCAGAGAGUCUUUUGUCAAGUCUUGUGAAACUGAAUAGUUUGACCUUAGCUAGAAAUUGCUUCCAGUUAUAUCCAGUGGGUGGUCCAUCUCAGUUUUCCACCAUUUAUUCCCUCAACAUGGAACACAAUCGAAUCAAUAAAAUUCCAUUUGGAAUUUUCUCCAGAGCAAAAGUAUUAAGUAAGCUAAAUAUGAAGGACAAUCAGUUAACAUCACUUCCCUUGGAUUUUGGAACUUGGACCAGUAUGGUAGAAUUGAAUUUAGCCACUAAUCAGCUCACAAAGAUCCCUGAGGAUGUGUCUGGUCUCGUUUCUCUCGAGGUUCUAAUAUUAUCAAACAAUCUUCUAAAGAAACUUCCUCAUGGUCUUGGAAAUCUUAGGAAGUUAAGAGAGUUGGAUCUAGAGGAGAACAAAUUGGAAUCCUUGCCAAAUGAAAUUGCUUAUCUUAAGGAUUUACAGAAAUUAGUCUUGACAAACAACCAGUUGACCACUCUUCCCAGAGGCAUUGGUCACCUUACCAAUCUCACACAUCUAGGCCUUGGAGAGAACCUACUUACUCAUCUUCCUGAGGAAAUCGGUACACUGGAGAACCUAGAAGAACUGUAUUUGAAUGACAACCCCAACCUGCAUAGCCUUCCAUUUGAGCUGGCUCUCUGCAGCAAACUUUCAAUCAUGAGUAUUGAGAACUGUCCACUUAGUCACCUUCCACCUCAGAUUGUUGCUGGGGGACCUUCUUUCAUCAUUCAGUUCCUAAAGAUGCAGGGUCCAUAUCGUGCCAUGGUCUGAUACAAAUCUGCUGGUCCCACACACUGUUCAGAAAUAGACUGCCAUUAAUGUUUCAUAGCUAUAUCUGUAUCUAUUUAUGUAGAUAUUGAUAUAUAUGGCAGAUUUAUAAGAUUGCAUUAUGUGUUUCUGCUAAUAGAGGAAUCAUAGCCAUUUAGAUUUUUUUUAAUUCUGUACAAAAGGCUUAUAUAAGUUUUCUUUGCUGAAUUUUAUGAAUGUUUUUCUGUUGUAUAAUCUGAUAUGCCAGUUUGCUUAAAACAUUUGCCAACAAAUUAUGAAGUUAUUAAAUUUAAGGGACUGAGGUAGCAUAGUUAGAAAUACUUUCUCUUAGGAAAAAUAAUGGGCAAACAAUUUUAUUGCAACUUUUCAUACACAUUUUCCCCUUAUCAAUUGUCUGAUCUUUAUAUUAUAGGCCCUGAAGAUAGAAUUUUUCUUUAACUUAUUUUGAGAUUUGAGAUUUAAAUUUUAUAUAUUGUUUACAGUCAGAGUGAAUCACUGGAUUAUUAUUAUUUUGGGGGGGGGGUUGAUUUGCUCUGUUUUAAUCAGUCAGAUCUGGAGUUUAUAUCCUCUGCUAAAGAAUUUGCAUCAGCUGGUUUAAAUAUUAAAAGAUAUUUGCUGGUUGAAACAACUGGCAAAGUGAAAAGAUGCAUCAAAAAUCUAGAAUUUCUUUGUGUUCUCUGAGUUGUGAAGCAAAAUAUCUGAAGUGAGAUUGGGUAGGGGGAGGGUAUUGAAACCUUUUCUAGUAUAAAUAUCUUAAGUUCAUGGGAAGAGAAACUUGUAGUGAAAAAAGAGUUUUUUUCAUUUUUGAAAGUUGCAGAUCCAUAAAAACUAAUAGAAUAAUUUGGCAAAUAAAUAAAUUACAUAUAGACACACACAUUCUAUAUAUGUAUAUACAAUGCUAUAUAGAUAUGUAUUUAUUAUAUCAUAAACUACAGUAGGUAACUUUAAGAAUUUCUUCCUAUCCUUGUACAAUGACAUGAAUGUCUUUGAAAACUGCAAUAUAUGUACGUUUCAAGGUUAUUUAACAGUGUACUAUGGUUUUAUAUCUUGACUUGCCUUGUACAUCUUUCAAUUCUGGAAUAGCUGUGUCUAAGCACAAUAUCUUCACACUGUGCUGUAUUGCUGCUGAACUAAAUGCACUUUUCCCCACAUGUGGGGCACUGGCUUCAAACAAUUCAGUUCAGUACCAUUACUUUUAAUCUCACCUUACCUUUCUUGAUAGUUAAUACAGUUAUGGAAAAGAUGCACAUUGCAUAGAAGCCAUUGAUAGUUCAGUGGAAGUUCUAUAAGAUGUGCAUGUGCUGUUUGAUAUAUUUUCUUUUGCUUUACUGCUUUUAAGACUAUCAGUAUUGUAAAUGUGUGCCCCUUACACAAUACUGUUAGUUUGGUAGUGUUGGUCUGUCAUCGUAAUUAUUUAGAAGACUCACGGAGCCAAGUGCAUUCUAGAUAUCCUAAAAAAAACACUUCCCAUAUAAUGAAUAACUAUUAGUAUAAUUACAUAUUGCUGCUUGGUUUUUUUCCCCAUUUAGCUCGGCAUUGUGUUUUAAACAGAACCAUUAUUGAAAUAAGGCUGUGAUAUUAAGAAAUUUGGACUAUCAUUUUGCUUUUCCUGGCACUCAAAUUCAGGUCUGGGUUUGGGGUCAAACAUGUUUGUAAUUGGAAGUUUUAUAAGGAUGAACUGAGAAAUGGAAGGCAGGUGAAGAUAUAAAACCCUAGAAUGCUUAAAUGUGCUGUAAAACUAUUGUAGAUGUCACUGGAUUUUACCAAGUAAUAUCCUUUCUUCUUUUUUCCGUCUACUGUGGCUUUUCAGUUAAAAUUUUGUUUAUAAAAGGAAUUUGUUUAUUAUAGCUCUACCUAGAGCUUGUGUGUAUGUGUGGUUUUUUACAAUCUCGUAUCCAGGUGUGUUCAUAUAUUAAGAUGAUGGAACUUGAACUUUAAAAGUAGUUACCUAAUGUUUUUUCUUGAAAAAAUAUGGUUAUUGUUUCGUAAAAUGAAAAUAUAGUUUUCAAAGCA